UGCAGUGAUUUAUGGCGGACACUCACUAAAACACCACCGCCUGAGCAGAUCCUUAUCGACUGCGCUCGUUCCCACGAGCAAUGCUCUCCUAAUAUGUAAUCCAUUCACUCCUCGAAGUGACAGCAAUCAUGGAAGGAGCUUAAAUGCUGUCAGCCACUACUUCUCUUUUUCGUUCUGCAGGAGAGUGGACAAACUAGACGUGCUCCGUUUUUCUCAGCAUUCCUUCUGCGGCGCAGCAGGGAGGGAGCCUGAAGUCCAGAUCGGAGGAGGGAUUUGAUCCAGAGACAUUCCUCCCAUUGCUUCACAGCAGAUCGCAACUAUGGGGAAAAACUGCAAAGUCAGCAAGCUGAGCCUCAUGUGUAUGUGUUUAGUCUUGGUCUCCGUGGCAACCUUCGUAGUGUGGAUUGUUGUUAUCAUAGGAGACAGCAAAGACGUUACAGCUGCGUGGGACAGGUAUCGUCUGCCGAAAACGUUGGUACCCGAGUUCUACAACGUCACUCUGUGGCCUCGUCUCCAACCGGAUCCAGACUCUGGCCUGUACAUUUUCACAGGAUGGUCCACUGUGCAAUUUGUGUGUGUCGAAGCAACAAAUUUGAUUCUGAUUCACUCCAACAAACUCAACUACACGAGGAUGGAUACACAACUGGCUAGUCUCACUGCUGAAGGAGGCGGGUCUGCUCCCAGAAUUAAGUCGACGUGGCUGCAGCUUCAAACACAGUAUCUGGUCAUCCAGCUGAAAGACAAGCUUGUUUCUGGACAGAGUUACCAGCUGCACACCAGGUUUACUGGGGAGCUGGCUGACGACUUGGUGGGAUUCUACAGAAGUGAAUAUGAAGAAGAUGGAGUUAAAAGGAUUAUUGCCAUCUCUCAGAUGCAUCCCACUCAUUCCAGAAAGACUUUUCCAUGUUUUGAUGAACCAGCAAUGAAAGCUGUUUUCCAUUUAACCCUCAUCCAUCAUCCUGGGACCGUCGCUCUGUCCAAUGGCAUGGAAACAGAAGUUCUUCACACCACUCUGGAUGGAGAAGCUGUGACACAGACGAGGUUUGAGCCCACAGAGAAGAUGUCCACCUACCUGCUGGCCAUUGUCGUCUCUAACUUCACAUAUCUGAACACCAUGCAAGGAGACACUCUGGUUCGCAUUUGGGCGCGCAGAAAGACCAUCGAACAAGGACAGGGAGAUUAUGCCCUCAACCUCACAGGACCGAUCCUGGAUUUCCUCCAGUCGUAUUACAGCAUCCCGUAUCCUCUGAGCAAGUCAGACCAGAUCGCUUUGCCAGACUUCUAUUAUGGCGCCAUGGAGAACUGGGGUCUGGUGACAUACAGAGAGACCAGGCUCCUCUACGAUCCUGAGACCUCCUCCAACGGGAAUAAAGAAACCACCGCCACCAUCAUUGCUCAUGAACUGGCACAUAUGUGGUUUGGUAACCUGGUGACGCUGCAUUGGUGGAACGAAGUCUGGCUUAAUGAGGGUUUUGCGUCGUACGUUUCCUACCUUGGAGCCGACCACGCCGAGCCCGACUGGAACGUGAAAGACUUGAUUGUUCUGGAUGAUGUUCACAGAGUGUUUGCAGUGGAUGCUCUGACGUCCUCUCAUCCUCUGACCUCCGAUGAGGACAGCAUUGUCCUGCCUGAACAGAUCCUCGAGCAGUUUGACACCAUUUCCUACAGCAAGGGAGCUGCAGUGCUGAGGAUGCUGUCCGACUUCCUGUCAGAGCCAGUUUUCAAAGAAGGCCUUAGUAGUUACCUCAAACAGUUUUCCUACAGCAACACCAUCGGGAGCGACUUGUGGAAACAUCUGCAGAUGGCGGUGAGCAACAACAACAUCUCCCUCCCCUGUCAAGUGGACACGGUCAUGAACCGCUGGGUGCUCCAGAUGGGCUUUCCUGUUGUUAAAAUAGAUACAACCACUGGAAAAAUCUCCCAGAAGCACUUUCUGCUGGAUCCAGAGAACAACGUCACUGUCACGUCUCCUUACAAGUAUGAGUGGAUCGUUCCAGUGCGCUGGAUGAAGAAUGGAGAUUUGAUAGGAGACAUCUGGUGGCUGAUGGAGAAAGAAGCUGUGAACUUAGACAUGAGGAGCGGCUCUUCUUGGAUUUUGGCUAACAUCAAUGUAACGGGAUAUUAUCGGGUCAACUAUGACCUGGGAAACUGGGAGCGGCUGCUGGCUCAGCUCAUGUCAGACCACCAGGUGUUACCUGUGAUCAACAGAGCACAGCUGGUGGACGAUGCUUUCAACCUGGCCAGAGCUCAGCUGGUCUCUACAACCCUGGCCCUGAGGACCACCUCCUACCUGUCCCGGGACACCGAGUUCAUGCCCUGGCAGUUCGCUCUGGACAAUCUGCACUAUUACAACCUCAUGCUGGACCGCACGGAAGUCUACCAGCCCAUGCAGGAAUACCUCAAGAAUCAGGUGACGCCCCUCUUUCUUCACUACAAAAACAUGACCUCAAACUGGACCCACGUUCCUGAGAAGCACACGGAUCAGUAUAACCAGGUCAAUGCAGUCCAAACGGCCUGUGAAACCGGACUCACAGAGUGCCAAGACCUGACCAGCAUGUGGUUCAAACAGUGGAUGGACAAUCCCCAGCACAAUCCCAUCCACCCGAACCUGCGCUCCGCCGUGUACUGCAGUGCCAUGGCUGCAGGCGGCGAGAAGGAGUGGCAGUUUGCAUGGUCGCAGUUUAAGGCGGCAUCAGUGGCGAGUGAGGCCAGCAAGCUCAUGUCAGCCCUGGCCUGUACCACCAACGUAGAACUGCUGAAGAUGUAUCUGUCGUACACCUUAGAUCCCGCCAUGAUCCGUAAGCAGGACGCCACUGCGGUCAUCACAUCUGUAGCCGAUAACAGGGCGAGUCAGAGUCUGGCGUGGGAGUUUGUGCGCGAUCACUGGAACUUCAUGUUCACGCAAUACGGGGUGGGCUCCUUCUCCUUUGCCUCCAUCAUUUUGGGUGUCACUGCUAGGUUCUCCACUCCUGCUGAGCUUCAGCAGCUCGAGGACUUUGUGUCAAAACAUGAAGCUGCCGGGUUCGGCUCUGCUUCUCUGGCCGUGGAUCAGGCCCUGGAGAAGACGAAGGCCAACAUCAAGUGGGUGCAGCAGAACAAGCAGGAGAUCCUGGAUUGGUUCAACAGCCAGAUUGGACUUCAGAAGAGCUAAAGCGAGGAGCAUGCUGGGAGUUGGUGUCUGCAUUAGAAGAUGGGACUUCAGAAAUUAAAGAGACUGAUUAUACCUCCAUGGUUGGACAAAGAAUUAUUAAAAUAGAUAAGUCUUCCAUUUUUAAAUGAGA